UAUUUACGUACUCUUGCCGUCUUGCGUAUCCUCGAGCAACACGAGCUAGCAAUAGCAUUGCUAUAACGAAAGUGUCCAACAUAUAUAAUCCUUGAAUCCAACCCUUGUUCAACCAAAGCUUUUGAUCAAGAAAAAAACAAAUAAGAGAUGGAGUCAAAAGCAGUAGCAAAUGGAAGCACAAAAAGCAAGCUCACGGCAUACUUCCUACCAUACUUAACACCAAGCCAUUACAUACCCCUCUUUCAGAUUGCUAAGCUCUUCGCAUCCCGCGGAGUGCACGUAAUUUUCCUAAGCACUCCUCACAAUGCGCUCUCGUUUCGCGACACCAUCGACUCCCUUAACAAACUUGGCCUCCACAUUGAUCUCGAGUAUGUCGACUUCCCUAGUAAGGAAGUUGGCUUACCUGAGGGGGUUGAGAAUUUUAGCACUGCAACAAAUUUGGAUGUAGCUGGAAAAGUUUUUCGAGCUUUUUUCAUGCUUCAAGGUCCUAUGGAAGCUAAGGUUAGGGCGGCUAAACCUGACUUUGUUGUUGCUGAUAUGCACUGCUUUUGGGCUACUGAGCUUGCUGCUGAGCUUGGUAUUCCUCGCUUGAUCUAUCAUGUUCGAGCUUUUUUUGCUCUGGCUGCUGUUGAUGCUAUUGCUAGGCUUGCUCCUCAUGAGGGUAUCCAAUCCGAUGAAGAACCCUUCCUCAUUCCAGGCCUCCCACAUCCGAUCUACAUGACCCGAUCAGAACUUCCACAAUGGAUCCAAACUCCUAGUCCUUACACCACCUUCGCCAACAAAGUCACUGAGGGUGAUCGCAAUUGUUAUGGUGCUCUUGUUGAUAGCUUCUAUGACUUGGAGAAGGACUACAUAGAGUACUACAGGAACACAUUGGGUCGUCGUGCCUGGUGCCUCGGCCCACUUUUCUUACACCAUGAUGUUGUACUCGGCAAACUCAACCCCAAUAUCAACCAAGAAAGUAAUGAAGUAGAGCAAGAGAAGAAGCACCCAUGUUUGGAAUGGCUGGACACAAUGCCAAAAGGAAAAGUUGUAUAUGUAAGUUUUGGAACUUUGUCGCGAUUCAGUUCAGCUCAGUUAUUUGAGAUUGCUUCGGCACUCGAAUCCUCAGGCCAUCCAUUUAUAUGGGUGGUCAGGAAAAAGGAGGAAACAGGGGAAGAAGGGGAUAAAUGGUUACCUGAGGGAUUUGAGGAAAGGAUAACACAGAAACGUAUUGGGGUUCUCAUGGCGUGGGCACCCCAAGCGAAGAUAUUAGAGCAUCCAGCUACUGGCGGAUUUAUGACUCAUUGUGGAUGGAACUCGUCGAUGGAGGCCAUCACUGCAGGGUUACCUGUAGUGGCUUGGCCUCUAUCCGCGGAACAAUUCUACCAUCGAAGGUUGUUUAUUGAUGUGUUGAAGACCGGAGUUGGGGUAGGGAACAUGAAGUGGAGCUCCAUGAUUGAUGGAACAGAUGAGUUAGUGGAAAGAGGUAAUAUAGAGAAUGGUUUGAGGGAGUUGAUGGGUGAUCAUGAGGAAGCUGAGGAAAGACGACGCAGAGCUAACAAGUUUGGAAUUGCUGCUAAGAAAGCAGUUGAGGAAGGUGGUUCUUCUUAUGAUGAUUUAACUUCUGUUAUUGAAGAUAUUCAACGUCUCAAGCUGUCUAAUGUUGCUACAUGAUUUGAGUUCACCAUGUCCUCAGAUGUCAUUCUGUGAACUUUGACAUUGGUAUCCAUUAGACCAUUAGUGGGAAAUAGUCAAUCUAAGAGAAUCUUACCAUCUUUGUUUUGAAGGUUUUUUCACAAUAAUGUAUUGAUUUUUUUAAAUAUAACCAUUUCACAUUGAUCAAAA